AUGGCGGGCGAGUUGGAGUGUCUGUUCACGGAGUCACCGGAAACCACAGACAAGGCAGAAGAUUGGCAGAGAAUAAAGAGACGAAAGCGCAAAGAUGGGGAAAGGGUUCCCCUGGGAACCCCGAACGAUCAGAAGGCAGUUUCAUCAUGUAAGACAAAUGCCCUCACAUGGCUAUUGCCCUUUGCCAGGCUGACUGACCCCAGCCCUCAGCCAAGGGGGGUCUGCAGAACCCACAGGGACUUCCUGUCCGAUGGCGCUGGAUCUGUCUCUGUCCCCUUCCCUCCCACUGGUCCUGUAACUUUGGUUUUCAUCUCCGCAGGGCUGACUUUAAAGAAGACUGAAGGCUUGGUGGCAAUGGUGAAAAAGCUGCAGAAAGAGGGAAGCUUGGAGCCCCAGAUUGAGGACCUGAUCAACCGAAUUAAUGAGCUUCAGCAAGCUGAGAAGAAAUCCAGCGAGGAAGUGGGAGAGGCCCAAGCUCUCCGGGAAGCCCUCCAGAGGGAACUGGAUUCCUUGAAUGGAGAGAAAGUGCACCUACAGGAGAUUUUGAACAAGAAGCAAGAGGCUCUGUGGAUGCUCCAGCUGCACUGCCCAGAGAAGGAGAGCGAGGCUCUGAGAUUGGAUGUCGGAGGCCAGCUGGAUGAUCUGAUGGGCCAGCACAAGGACCUCUGGGAAUUCCACAUGCUGGAGAGGCGGCUGGCCCGGGAGAUCAGCACGCUGGAGAGCAGCAAGGAGCAGCUGCUGACGGAGCAGAUGCAGGUGCUCACCAAACUGCGCGAAGUGGAGGAGCGGCUGCGCUGGCUGUCCACGGCUCUGGACGCCCCUGCUGAGGACGACGGCCCUUUUCUGCAGGCUGAGGGCGGGGCUGGAGAAAUCUACUGUACAGGUCUCCACAGGAAGCCCCAGCUCACCAGAGGCCGGGAGGUAACCGGAGACGGAGAGGCCUGCACCCAGCUUCCCAGCUCCCACCACGAGGAGGACCUGGAGCCGCCAGUGGAGCUGGCCCUGACGCCCCCCUCCUCCCGCUAGCAUAAUAGGACCCACCGAGCCCGCCAAGAAAUAAAGGCAAUGCUUUCCAACA